UGGAACUAAGGGUAAUAGUCAUUGAUUAGUUAUGUUUUAUUUUUUACUUGGAUUGCUUAUAAUGUCUUAUAUUUGUGUGUUCGAUUGCUAUUGAUUUUUUAUUGUAUUUUAACAUGUUGAAAGCUGCAUUGUGUCCCUUCAUCAGAGAACAGCAGCAUAUAAAUAAAGAUAUUAUUAUUAUUAUUAUUAUUAUUGAGCAGCUUUGAUGCAUGUCUUGAGUCCCAUUAUCACAAGAAAGGCAGAAUGUAAAUGAAUAAAAUAAAAGUUAAUUAUAUAUAUUGGAAUGUAACCAAAGUCUUUUAAUGCUGAUUGGUAAGCCCGUCAGAGACUUUGGGUUCAUCUCUGUAGCAGUUUGAUACCACUUGAACUAACUGCCAUGGGUCAAUGCUAUGGAAUCAUGAAAGUUGUAGUUUUAAAAGGUCUUUAGUAACCAUGAAUCAAAGUGAUUGACAAAUGGAACGGCCCUAAAUUAUGGUUUGGAUGGUGUGGUUUUAAUUGUUAUUUAAUAAUUUUUAAAAAUUGUAGCUUUUAUAUAUGUGUGUAUAUUAAAUGGCAUCGAAUUGCUUCCUGUUGUAAGGCCACCUUCAGUCCCCUCCAGGGCGAGAAAGACAGGGUUCAAAUAUGGUAAAUAAAUAAAUUUAGUCUUCUCUGCCAAAGAGUGCUGGCUCCUCAUCAAACUAUAAUACCCAGGAUGCCACAGCAAUGAGCCAUGGCAGUUAAAGUGGUGUCGAAUUGCAUUAAUUCUACAGUGCAGAUCAGACAUGGGCAAACUUUGGCCCUCCAGGUGUUUUGGACUGCAACUCCCGCAAUUCCAAACAGCCUACCUUCUGGUGUAGAUGCACCCAGUAAACACAGUUGACAAUGGCCUGCCAUAUAGAUGGGUUCUGUAUUCAGGAAUUCAACCAUCCAUGGAUUGAGAAUACAUAUUUACAAAAAAUCCAAAAAUGCCAUUUUAGAUAAGGGACACCAAGCUACUGUACCAUUGUAUAUAACAAUACUUGAGUAUCCACAGAUUUAUGUAUCCUAGAGGUCCUGGAACCAAACGCCAGAGCAUACUGAAGUCCCACUGUAAGAGAAAAAGAAUGCAUAAUGGAGAAAAAAGUGGUAGAAGACCAUGGAAUGAAUCAAAGUUCUCGCCUUUGCUAGUGAUUCUGACCAUAGAAUUACAGCCUUUUGUUGUGUCAUGGUGCUUUGUUUGGGACUAGGUAUUCUUACUGGAACACUCACUUAUAGACGUUCUUGCCAUUAUUAUACACUAGCUUGGGGACCCGGCGAUGCCCGGGUCAUUUGAGAAUGUGCUGCAGAAAGCUACCUUUCUGAUCUAAACUUCCCUGAGUCAACCAGUGUGGCCUGCAAGUUCUUGAAGUUAUAGCCCACGCCACAUCUGGUCCUAGGCUAUGUCUGUUAAGCUGAUAUGUUCAGAAAAUGAUCCAAAUUGAUACUCAGAACCACGUGUCUUCUGAUGAAAUCAUUAAGGAGCUGUGCACUUCUAAUGGACUGUCUUAUGAGAGAGUUGAUCAAGAGGGAACUUCAGUCACAAGCCUAGAGAUGUUUUUCUCCGGCUACCCAAGAAUAGUAGGCUUGUCAUAUUUCCCCAAUUUAACAAGGCUAACUCUUGUUAGGCAGAACAUCCAGUACAUCUCUGACCUGGGAAGCUGCCCAUUAUUGAAAGAGCUGUGGGUGGCAGAGUGCUACUUGACAAAAAUCGCUGGUUUGGAAAAAUGUGUUCUUUUGCAAAAGCUUUUUCUCUACUGCAAUAUGAUUCCAGCUAUUGAAAAUCUGGAGACACUAACAAGGCUGGAGGUUCUUUGGCUGAAUGGGAACCAGAUUAAAGAAAUAGAGGGGCUGAACGCACUGCAGAAACUGAAAGACCUCAAUUUGGCUGGGAAUCUCAUUAAUAAACUAGGAUGUUGCUUGGAUCCAAGUGGAAAAAUAGAAAAAUUAAACUUGUCUGGAAAUCAAAUAUGUUCCUUCAAAGAAAUCACCAAUCUGGCAAGACUACCUCAUUUAACAGACCUGUGUCUGAAUGAUCCCCAGUAUGACCCCAACCCUGUCUGUUUUCUUUGCAAUUAUUCGACGCAUGUGCUGUAUCAUCUCCCUCAGCUUCAAAGGCUCGACACUUAUGAGGUAUCCCCCAAACAGAUCAAGGACUUGGCAGAGACCACAGUGUUGAAAAAGAUGAUGUACUACAACAUGCGUAUCAAGAGCACCCACAGGCAGCUGAACGAAGAACUUGAGAAGUUAAAAGAAAGGAAGUCCAAGUUACAGAAGUUGCCAGAAGAUCGUAUUAAACUUUUCAGCUGCAAUGUCAAGAAUUUGGAACAAGAACUGUCAGAACUUCAGAUGUCUGGCAAAAUGCAAGCGUACAAAUCUAUUUCCAACCAAGACUUUGAAUGUGAAAACUCAGAUGAAGAAGCUGAGAGUUCAGAUGAGGGCCAAAAAGAAAACAAUCUUGAGCAGCAGUUUUUGCAUAAAUUAGAAUCCCUGAGGAGAAGAAUAAACUUCUGGAACAAAAAAUUAGAAGAAAUUGAAACCAUUUAUCAGGUUGAAGUCAAGAAGAAGAAGAAAAAUAGCAAUUUGGCAGUGCAGUUUUUACUUACUGAAUUGGAGUCGGUGGGGAAUAUACGCUUUGAAGAGGGUUCACCAAGUGAUGCCUGGUUUAAUUCCUGCUAUGAGUUAAUUCUCUCCCGAUUUUGUGCCUGGGACUUCAAAGCAUACGGCAUCACAGGAGUGAAAGUAAACCGUGUCAUUAGGGUGCACAAUCGGAUGCUGCGGCUGAGAUUUGAGGAUAAGUUCCAGCAAUUUUUGGACAGAGAGGAUUUAACUGAGACCAUGAACUACAGGAAGAUGCUGGAAUAUCUCUUCUAUAAAUAUCCCCCUGAAACGUCCUUGAAGAAAAAGCAGUUGAUCCAAAUCUUAGAGGAAGGCUUCCAAGAAACAAAAAAGGCAUCUGAAUGCGAAGAAGCUGUUCUGCUCACAAACAGCCUAAGUAUCUGUGAAUGUCCAAGAAUUGAGUAUUUGCAAAAAGAAGCCAGAAGUAGAGGGGAACCGGAAGAUCUGUCAAGGCAUGGGAGACUCAUAAUUUCAAAAGUCUUCCUUGGGCAUAGGGCUCAAGCUCGUGAUAUGGACCCAAUCACUCGGGUCAACUAUGCCAGAGCCGAUUCUGUGUUCAGACCUCGCAAGCCCUCCCAAAAUGGCACCCGUACAUCCUGCAUUGGGAUUCUGGAUCAGCAAGAGAAACCAAAAGAGACUUGUUCUUCCAUGGAGUUCAGGGACUGCGACUGCAGCCUCCGACAGUGUGAGUGGUUUCUGUUUGAUCACGAGCUGGUUUUGCCAGAGUACAUCGUUGAGUUUGAGUACAUCACACUGGUCAAAGUAGAAGCUCUGUUUUCCUCACUCAACAAUGUGAUUGGGGAAGAAGGAAAGAAACAUGCAGCAGGUUUUGUGCUCUCUCGAGAUCUACAACGUGAUGAGGAGAUUUUAAGCAUGGAGCCUAUCAUUAAGCCCAGACCCAAAAUUGUUUGCCUAGAUGAAAAAACAGUGUUAGCUGUUGCAAAGGCCAACAUUUGCAGUCAGAUAACAGUUCUGGACCUGCAUGGGAAUAGGCUGAGCAAACUCCGAGACAUCUCCAAGCUAACUGGACUUCGCAAGCUUGUUGUCAGUUUUAAUGAGUUCACUUGCUUAGAUGAUGUUUAUCACUUGCCAAACCUGGAAUAUUUUGAUGCCAGUCACAACCAUGUCAUCACCCUUGAAGGCAUCCGGGGCCUAAACAAGUUGAAGCAUUUGGACUUGAGCUGGAACCAACUGAAAAGGGCAGGGGAGGAAAUCAGUGUCUUGCGGAAACAUACACCAGCAGUCCUCAGUUUGAAUCUCAAGCAUAACCCAUGGCAUAAGCCAGCCUCCGUGCGGUUGAGCGUGAUUGGCCAGCUGAAGGCUCUAACGCACCUGGAUGGAAUUCUGGUUACGGAGGAAGAGGCAGCGGCUGCAGCUCAGUUUAUAGCAAAGUCAAAAAUCACUCAGGAGUCUUUGGUGGAGCAUUCACGAACAGACCAAGAAAAGCUGCAUGUGCUCAGCAUCCUUCCUUAUGCAAAAAUCUUGAGCCAGAUUAGCAAGAACAGAGUGGACCUAUUCGAGAACAACUGGUUUUCUAAGAUAACUGUAUUAGACCUAGAUGGACAACAUCUUUGUAAAAUCAGUGGUAUAGAAAAAUUAGAGAAUUUACGGUGGGCAUCAUUUAGCAACAAUAAUCUCACUAGAACAGAAGGGCUGGAUUGCUGCCACAAUCUGGAGGAACUCACAUUAGAUGGGAACUGUAUCACCACCCUAGAAGGCAUUUCGAAACUUUCCAAACUUAUUCGACUCAGUGCCAACAACAAUCACCUCACCAGCUUGGACAGGAAUGUUUUCAGUAACCUGUCGCAUCUUCAUUACCUUUCUCUUGAGAACAACCGGAUCACAUCGCUGGUGGGUUUGCAGAAGGCCUAUGCACUUAUUGAAGUCUACAUAAGCAACAACUAUGUGUCUUCCAACCAAGAAAUAUAUCAGCUGAAGGGGUUAAACAACCUGGUCAUCCUGGACAUGUAUGGAAAUCUGAUUGUUUGGAAGCAGGAAAACUACCGCCUCUUUGUUAUUUUCCAUAUCCCAUCCCUGAAAGCUUUGGAUGGUAUUGCUGUGGAACCAGCUGAAACUGAAAAUGCUAAAGAUUUAUUUGGUGGCAAACUCAAUGCUGACAUGGUUGCAGAAAGGUUGGGACACUCCAACUUCAGCAAAAUUGAAGAAUUAAACUGGACAGCCUCUAUGAUCAGAAUGGUGGACCUUGUUCCAGCAGAGCAGUUUAAAAAUAUCACCACUGUGAAUUUGCAGAACAACAAUCUCACAUCUUUCAGUGGUUUGGUCUUCCUCCCAAAUGUCAAGGUUCUUUGCCUAAACUACAAUCACAUUGAAUCUAUCCUCCCUAGACAGAAACCUUCUAGCCACUUAACAAACAGGCAGUUACUGUAUCAGAAAGUGUCAUCCAGUGGCUAUGGGCAGCAAGGGACUUCCAAAACCAACAAGGAUGCGGGAUUGAGCGAAUGUUUGUCUCCAUUAAUGGAAAGUCUAGAAGUUCUCCAUUUGGGUUACAAUGGAAUUACCAAUUUGGCAUGGCUGCAGAUCAGUAGGCUAAAAAACCUAAGGUUUCUCUUUUUACAAGGCAAUGAGAUUAGCCAGAUUGAUGGACUCGAUGGUCUGCAACUUCUACAGGAGUUGGUGCUAGAUCAUAACAAAGUGAAAACAAUAAAUGAGAAUUCGUUUUCCAAACUAAGCUCUCUGGUGGCCCUUCAUUUGGAAGAGAACCGGCUCCGGGAACUGAACAAUUUGACUCCUUUGGGCAAACUGCAGAAGCUUUUCCUUGGUCUUAAUAGAAUUCAGGAGUUGUCAGAACUUGAAAAACUCGACAAUCUUUCUUGCAUUAAAGAGCUCUCAAUAUAUGGAAAUCCUGUAUCCCGUAAGAUCUGCCAUCGUCCACUUCUAAUAUAUCGCUUGCCGAAGCUUCAGGUGUUGGAUGGAAUAACCGUCAGCCCAGAAGAGAGGGCCAGGGCCGAAAUCCAUUUGCUGGAACAGCAAAUCUUUCCUUCAGCUAACUCUCCAAUAGACUCUUCAGCAUUUUCCGGAUUGCAACUUACUUUCUCCAAACCUUGCCCCAUGAAGAUCGCCAACAUUGCCAAUGUAAGCCUAUCAGGAGGCGUCAGUCAUCUGUACAACACUGAUUUCAUCUUUCCUCAUUCUGCUGACGAACCGGUUGGAACCGAGACCAGCAAAAGCAAGAAAUCAAAGAAUGCCGCUGUGGGACCUGGUAUUCCUCGGAGCAGCCAUGCGGAAGUGGCCACCAGACAAGCCAGAGGGACAUCAGCUCCAAGCCAUGCAUCGUCCCAGGCUGGUCCUUCUCGAACGACGUGAAGAAAGUCAG